AUGACGACGACGCCGCCGCCUCCCCGGCGCCGCCUCGUCGGACUCUCCUCCAAGAUGUACUUUUCCCUCGACAAGACGCGCGACUUCACCGCCGACGUGCUCACCCGUCUGGCCGCGCUGCCGCCCGAGCUCGUCGCCCGCCUCGACAUCUUCAUCCUGCCCGACUUCCUCACCGUCGGCGCCGUCGCCGCGCAGAUCCGCGCCAGCGGGCUGCCCGUGUGGCCCGGCGCCCAGGACUGCCACUGGGACGACCACGGCUCUUUUACGGGCGAGGUGAGCCCGGCCGUGCUGUCCGCGCUCGGCGCGCGCAUCGUCGCCGUCGGGCACGCCGAGCGCCGUCGGCUCUUUGGCGAAGACGACGCCGUCACGGCGCGCAAAGCGGCCGCCGCCAGCCGCAACGGCCUGGUGCCGCUCGUGUGCGUCGGCGAGCAGACGGCGGCCGGCGGUGCUGGCCGCGCGGUCGACGAGUGCCGGCCGCAGGUCGAGGCCGUCGUUGACGCGCUCGCCGACGACGCGGAGCUGGUACUCGCGUAUGAGCCCGUGUGGGCGAUUGGUGCGGCGCAGCCGGCUGCCGACGCGCAUGUGCUCGCCGUCGUCGCUGGCUUGCGCGCGCUCGACUGCGUCAGGCGCAGAAAGGGCACCACGCGCGUCGUGUAUGGCGGCAGUGCUGGACCGGGCCUGUACGAGCGUCUCAAAACGGGUCUCGACGGCUUGUUCCUCGGCCGCUUCGGCCACGACCCGGAACGCUUUGUGCAGACGGUCAAGGAGGUUGCCGAGGCUUAA